AUGGAUCAAAUUCGGGUACAAACAGAACAACUUCGCAUUGAAGCACAAGUUGCCCGGAAGAAAGUAUCUGAAGUUUCUAAAGAUUUAAUAGAAUACUGCGAGAAAGAAAAACCUCGUGAUAUGCUUGUCAGUGGACCUAUCGAUAAUCAUAAUCCUUUUCAGGAGAAAAAAUCCUGUGCUGUACUUUAA